CCCAAAAGCUACACAAUUCUCUAAUUAUUCUCUCACAAUACUAAAAUUAAACAAACUCAUCAACAUGGCUUCUUCUUCUCUAAUAUUUUUUAUGAUACUUUUCUCAGUAUUGCUUCUAAUUUCCUCCUCAGAAUCCACAGAACAUUUUGUUGGAGACAGUGAAAGAUUAUGGAAGGAUCCUCUUCCAUCUGAAGAAGCACUUUUCAACUGGGCUUCCAACCAUCACUUCACAAUCGGCGAUACUAUAGUGUUUAAGUAUAAUAGAAGAUUCGAAGCGGUGCAUGAAGUGACCGAGCAUGACUAUCGAAGGUGCAUUACAAAGGGAUCUCGUCACAAGGAGUUCCAUGGCGGGAAUACGAGGGUGGUGCUUGAUAGAUUGGGAGUAUGGUAUUUCGUAAGUGGACGAAGAAGUCAUUGCUUGCGUGGGUUAAAGCUCGCAAUAGUUGUUAUGCCUCCGUCUCCACCUCCGUCACUUUCGAUAUCGCCCCCGUCACUGACAGUAUCGCCUCCAUCACUGACUCUUCCUCUGGCCCUGCCUGCGUCACUGUCACUGUCACUGUCACUAUCACAGUCACCAUCUCUAUCACCUUCACUCUCACCUUCACCGUCGCCAAAUUCAUCUGGUGGUGGUGCCAACGGUCAUGGAUGCAUGGUGUGGUUGGGGGUUUCAAUGGUUAUGAUGAUGUUGUUAAUUUGACUGAUUAUGUUUACGUAAUUUAAGUUGAUUGUCUCUAAGCCGUGCGAAAGUUGAGCACAUUUUCAUUUUGCUUUUACGUUUCUUUACUUUUCAUAGAUGGCAAAUAAAGGUUGAUGUUAGUUUCUUGUUGAUCAGAAGAAUGUAGUGUUUUAAAAUUCAAGGAGGUUAUCGACUCAAUCAAGAGGACUCGUUACACUCUUAAUAGC